AUGGCCCGGAGGGUGGAAUGGACAAGCAGCGAGGUGGCAAUGAUGGAUAGCAAACUGGGACGACAAUAUGGAUGGUGGUGGAGGGCGGCGAGUUGCGGUGGCUUGUGCGGAUUGAGGAACCUUGAAGAGUUGGAUAUCGGUGGUAAUGGAUUUUGGGGUCUCCCUUCAUGCUUCAGCAAUAUGACCUCACUCCGCGCACUUCAUGUUAGUGAUAACAAUUUGGUGAAUGAUGCCCUCGUGGACAUUGCGAGGAUAACAUCUCUUAAGGCCUUAGACAUAAGUUAUUGUGGACUGAAUGCUUCAAAGUUAUUGGAAGGCUUGUGCAGAUUGAGAAACCUUGAAGAGUUGGUUAUUGGUGAUAAUGGAUUUUGGGGUCCUCUUCCUUCGUGCAUCAGCAAUUUGACCUCACUCCGUGUGCUUGAUGUUCAAUAUAACAAUUUUAGCGGGGCCAUUCCUUCGCCUCUCCUCUAUAAUCUCAAGUCACUUGAAUAUAUUGCGUUAUCUAAGAAUGCAUUUGAAGGCUCACUUUCACUUGCUUCCCUGGCUAAUAAUUACAACCUUGAGGAAUUCCACCUCAUGGACAACCAUAAUAGUUUGGUAGUAAAUACAGAAGAGCCCACUUGGUUUCCUUCAUUUCAACUGAAGGCGUUUAGUUUAUCAAACUGUGUGCUCAACAAAGACGCAAGUGGCGUAAUUCCCAGCUUUCUGAAAAAACAGUACAACUUGAGCAGUGUUCAACUCAGCCACAAUGGAAUGACAGGAAAUUUCCCAAGUUGGCUAUUGGACAACAAUGUAAAUCUAGAACAGUUGGUACUCAGAGGCAACAAUUUGUCAGGUUCAUUUUAUCUGCCUUCCAAUUUGAAUCUUGUCAGCUUAUUUAUUUUCGAUGUGUCUGCUAAUUUUAUUGAAGGAGAGCUUCCAUCUCAUAUUGGUUCUAUCCUCCCGAUCACGGGCUAUUUGAAUCUGUCAAACAACAAUUUGAAAGGUGGAAUCCCUUCCUCAAUGAGCAAUAUGCACCUGUUGUCCACAUUGGACUUGUCGAAUAAUGGCUUCACGGGAGAAAUACCAGAGACAUUGGCUAAAAAUUGUUCGCGACUUUUCUUAUUGAACCUGUCAGGCAACAAUUUGCAAGGCCAAAUGCUACCGAGGUAUUCUAACUUGACAAGCUUGGAAUUUUUGUAUUUGGACAACAAUCGUUUUACAGGGGACAUAUCGCCGGGUAUAUUAAAUAUCUCCUCCUUGCAAGUUUUAGAUGUAAGUAAUAAUUCCCUAUCUGGAACACUUCCCAAUUGGAUUGGAGAUAUUCAAUACUUGAGCACGCUUGUACUGUCAAGUAAUUUAUUGGGAGGUCCUUUACCGUUGAGCUUAUGCAACUUACGGUAUCUCAAUCUUUUAGACCUUUCAAGUAACAACCUUGGGCCGAAUAUACCCCCUUGUGUCAAUGUUGUAGUUAUGAGGUUCUUGCAUUUAGCAAAUGACACGCUUGCUGGGCAUUUUCCUAAGUUUCUUGUAGGAGCUUCAUCGAUUGUCACGUUGGAUCUGAGAGAUAAUGUAUUGUCAGGUGAGGUCCCUAGCUGGAUCGGUUCACUUCGGAACUUGAAGUUUCUUCUACUACGAGGAAACAAUUUUGAAGGUUCAAUCCCUCUGGAUCUAUGUCUGUUGAAAAAUAUGAGCAUAGUGGAUCUUUCCAAUAAUAAUCUUUCUGGAACAAUUCCUUCUUGUUUGAAAGAUUUGACAUUUGGAAACGCUGGGGUAUCUACGGAGGCAUUUGCUACCUCGUUCCUUCCUAUGUAUUACGGGGGCAUAUAUGCUUAUACAGAGAGAUUCGAAGAAGUACACUUCAUGACAAAGAGUAGGUUGGAAUCUUACAAGGGCAACAUUCUAAAACUCAUGUCGGGAAUGGAUCUCUCGCAGAAUAAUUUGACUGGCUUUAUUCCUCCAAAGGUCGGCUACUUAAGUGAACUUCGAGCAUUGAACUUGUCACACAAUCAUUUGAAGGGAACGGUCCCGGAAACAUUUUUCAAGUUAACGAACAUAGAGAGCUUGGACCUGUCCUUCAACAACUUAACCGGUCCCAUCCCUCCACAACUAAUAGAGCUUUACAUGCUGUCAGAUUUUAGUGUGGCUCACAACAACUUGUCAGGUAAGAUACCAGAUCGAAAAAAUCAAUUUGGAACUUUUGGUGAAGCAAGUUAUGAAGGUAACCCUCUUCUUUGUGGAGCACCAUUAACCAGCUGUGAUGACUCCGAUCAGGAACAGGGGACACAACCACCUUGUAAUCAUACCAGGGAGGAUGACUCUUAUAGAGAAGCCUUCUUGUGGAGUUUUGCAGGAUCAUAUGUGGUGGCGUUCCUUGGGGUAGUUCUUUUUCUUUGCCUAAACUCGUACUAUCAGUGCGUGCUGUUCGAGCUUGUUCGUAAGAUUAUCCCAUCGUUUCCCCAUUAG